AUGACGGCGUGCACAUACUUGGCAACCGAGGAUGACUCCAACUUCCUGAUAGCCAAGUCGAAGGUUGCGGACUACAAAAGGCCAGCCACAGUCCCAAAAAUGGAAAUGAAUGCAAUAGCAAUAGGAGCACGAUUGACUCUGAACACCUAUCUGAGUCUGAGAUAUGCAACUCGCAUCACCAGAGUCAUUCUUCUAUCCGACUCGGAAAUCGCGUUGAAUUGGACAAAAAGUCCAAUUCAUCAUCAAGGUAUUGGUCCAUAUGUUAAAAAUCGAGUGAAAGAAGUCUACAACAUCGUCAAAGAAUUGGAGGAAAUGAACGUUCAAGUCCAGUUUGGAUAUAUCGACACCAAACAGAAUCCCGCGGACAUAGGAACACGUGGAGCAUCAGGAGAAGAAUUCUCUUCUCACAUUUGGUGGAAGGCCUAUUCACUCCGAAGUAUAUCUGAAAAUGGCAUCAGCUCCUCAUUUUUCCACAUAAAAAUCCAAGCUGACGAUCAAGACGGCGAACUAAUGGAAACCUUCGUGACCGCAUCAAUCACAGGAUCACAUGCAUCAGACAAACCGAAAGAAUUGAUAGACCUCUCUCGUUAUAGCAGCAAAACAAAAGCGGAUGACUCAUUAGCAAGCUCUAGGGACAAGUUUUUCGAAGAGGAAGUCAAAGGAGUGUCUUUUGACCCUACCUUUACGGCAGAGUUUGUUCGCAAAGAACUCGAGUUUUUAGAGGAUUUUUGUCAGAAGAUCCAGACGGAAAUCCGCGAAGCCGAACUACAGCUGAAUACUGAGACUCAUGAAUCUUUGUCCGAAGAAAUCAAGCGCAUUCUAGCCAAUCUCGAGCACAAACUUGAUGAGAAAUUCGAGCAUUUCAGUCAGCAGCAAGAACAAUUUAGUCGCAAGUUGACCGAUCUUGAGCACAAACUCGACGAGACACGGGAGCAUUGCAGUCAACUGCAAGAAGAAAUCAAAUGCAUGCUGAAAGAACCUAAAGAGCCCAUAAAUAAUAGUCGUCUUGUCUCGGAAAAGCAAUCACAUUCACCUGCGGGCACACCAUCGAGACGGAGCACCGAGGAAGAUCUCUUGGAUCUGGAAGAUGAUGUUGUUUUCCAGAAUUCUGACGAGGGGAGACGUCGACAGCAACAAUAA